CAGUCCCAUGCUGGGCGGACAGACCCCCAGCUCGGCCAGACAGACAGACAGACGGAGGCGCGCGCCCCGCCCCACGCGGCGCACACACCCUCCCGCCCUGGCCAAUGGGAGCCGGGCGGCGGGGGCGCGUCACUCCCGGGCCGGGGGAAUCUCUUGAAUGAGCCACAUUGUUGCCGCGGAAAGUGACCAACGUGCCGGCUGCCGCCCGCUCCUGCGCCGCCGGGGCCGGGCUGAUCGAGACCGGCAUCGGCUCCCCUCCCCUCCUCUCCGCGGAAGAUGAUCGCGUCCCACCUGCUCGCCUACUUCUUCACCGAGCUCAGCCAUGACCAAGGGCAGAAGAUUGACAAAUAUCUCUAUCACAUGCGGCUCUCCGAUGAAACGCUCCAGGAGGUAUCUGAGCGCUUCCGAAAGGAGAUGGAGAAGGGUCUUAGAGAAGACACCAACCCCACCGCAUCGGUGAAAAUGUUGCCCUCGUUUGUGAGAUCCACCCCGGAUGGAACAGAGAAUGGAGACUUCUUGGCCUUGGAUCUUGGCGGCACGAACUUCCGUGUGCUGAGAGUGAAGGUGUCUGAUAAUGGCCUGCGGAAGGUAGAAAUGGAGAAUCAGAUCUAUGCCAUUCCAGAGGAUCUCAUGCGUGGGAGUGGGGUACAGCUCUUUGAUCAUAUUGCCGAAUGCCUGGCUAACUUCAUGGAAAAGCUGAACAUGAAGGACAAGAAGUUGCCCCUGGGAUUCACCUUCUCUUUUCCUUGCCAGCAAAGCAAACUGGAUGAGAGUAUCCUUGUUACAUGGACUAAAGGGUUCAAAUCCAGCGGCGUGGAGGGGAAAGACGUGGUUGCCAUGAUACGUAAAGCCAUCAAGAAACGAGGGGACUUUGACAUUGACGUGGUCGCUGUGGUGAAUGACACCGUAGGGACGAUGAUGACCUGCGGCUAUGAUGAUCACAACUGCGAAGUUGGGCUCAUUGUUGGUACCGGUACCAAUGCGUGCUACAUGGAAGAGAUGCGUCACAUUGACUUGGUGGAAGGCGACGAAGGGCGGAUGUGCAUAAACAUGGAAUGGGGAGCCUUCGGAGAUGACGGCGUGCUGAAUGACAUCAGGACAGAGUUCGACCGUGAGAUCGACAUGGGUUCGCUCAAUCCAGGGAAACAACUGUUUGAAAAGAUGAUCAGUGGCAUGUACAUGGGAGAGCUGGUCAGGCUCAUCUUGGUGAAGAUGGCCAAGGAGGAGCUGCUAUUUGGUGGAAGGCUCACCCCAAGCUUGCUCACCACAGGACACUUCGAGACUGGAUUUGUGUCUGCUAUUGAAAAGGAGAAGGAAGGGCUACAAAAAGCCCAUGAGAUCUUGACCAGGCUUGGCCUGGACCCAUCUGCAGAAGAUUGCAUAGCCACCAAGCAUAUCUGCCAGAUCGUCUCCACACGCUCGGCGAACCUCUGUGCUGCUACCCUGGCCGCAGUGCUGCGCCGUAUCAAGGAGAACAAAGGAGUCGACAGGCUCCGCUCCACCAUCGGCGUGGAUGGCUCGGUGUACAAGAAGCACCCCCAUUUUGCUCGGUGCCUUCAAAAGACCGUGCGGAAGCUGCUGCCAGACUGCGAUGUCCGAUUCGUUCGGUCAGAAGACGGAAGCGGCAAAGGGGCCGCUAUGGUCACGGCGGUGGCCUACAGGCUAGCAGCCCAGCAGAAAGCAAGGCAGAAGACCCUGGAAGCCCUGAAGCUGAGCCACGAGCAGCUGCUGGAGGUGAAGAAUAGGAUGAGGAUCGAGAUGGAGAGGGGACUGAGCAAAGAGUCGCACCUGGACGCCACUGUGAAAAUGCUGCCCACUUACGUGUGUGCCACUCCAGAUGGAACAGAAAAAGGAGACUUCCUGGCCUUGGAUCUCGGGGGAACGAAUUUCCGUGUGCUGCUGGUGCGUGUACGGAGCGGGAUUAGGCGCGGCGUUGAGAUGCAUAAUAAGAUCUACUCCAUCCCGCAGGAGGUCAUGCAGGGGACAGGAGAGGAGCUGUUCGAUCACAUCGUCCACUGCAUUUCUGACUUCCUGGAAUACAUGGGAAUGAAGGGCGUGUCACUUCCUAUGGGAUUCACCUUCUCUUUCCCUUGCCAACAGAAUAACCUUGAUGAGGGGAUACUCCUGAAAUGGACUAAAGGGUUCAAAGCUACUGGCUGUGAAGGAGAAGAUGUGGUGAACCUGUUGAAAGAAGCUAUUCAUAGGAGAGAGGAGUUUGAUCUGGAUGUGGUAGCAGUGGUGAAUGACACAGUAGGCACCAUGAUGACCUGUGGUUAUGAAGAUCCUUAUUGUGAAGUCGGGCUCAUCGCUGGCACGGGCAGCAACGCCUGCUACAUGGAGGAGAUGAGGAACGUGGAGCUGGUGGAGGGUGAAGAGGGCAGAAUGUGCAUUAACAUGGAGUGGGGGGCGUUCGGGGACAACGGCUGCUUGGAUGACUUCCAGACAGAGUUUGAUGUGGCGGUGGAUGAACUUUCUCUCAAUGCGGGGAAACAAAGGUUUGAAAAAAUGAUCAGCGGGAUGUACCUGGGCGAGAUUGUCCGAAACAUCCUCAUCGAUUUCACGAAGCGGGGGCUGCUGUUCCGGGGGCGGAUCUCUGAAAGGCUGAAGACCAGGGGGAUAUUCGAGACGAAGUUCCUGUCUCAAAUUGAGAGCGAUUGCCUUGCCCUGCUCCAGGUCCGCUCCAUCCUCCAGCACCUGGGCCUGGAGAGCACAUGUGAUGACAGCAUCAUUGUGAAGGAGGUGUGCACCGUGGUAGCCCGGCGCGCUGCUCAGCUCUGUGGUGCUGGCAUGGCAGCUGUAGUGGAUAAAAUCCGGGAGAACCGCAAGCUGGACUUCCUUAAGGUCACAGUUGGUGUGGAUGGGACACUCUACAAACUGCAUCCUCACUUCUCCUCAGUCAUGCAUGAAACGGUGAGGCAGCUGACCCCGAAGUGCGAAGUGACCUUCCUCCAAUCAGAAGAUGGCAGCGGCAAGGGGGCGGCACUCAUCACGGCGGUGGCGUGCCGGAUCCGGGAGGCCGGGCAGCGAUAAGAGGGGUCGUUUGGAAGGCUUGGAUUUAACAGAGCAAACCAGCGGCCCCCUUCCCACCCUCCAACACACACUCCUUCUCCUGCUUCUCAAGCUCCUAAGACUCUUUGCUUUGCUUGUUCUAUCGAGAUACCAGCACUGAGACCAGAGAUGCCGUGUGUUCGAAGUUAUUUUCUUAGGAGUUCUAUUGCAUGCCAUAAAACUACCUAUCAAGUAAAGCUAAAAGUGUCAUCGGGGCAUGUAGCUACUUUUCCAGUCAAAGCCCUCUUUGUUUCACCGCAGCCUAUUUAAAAUACUAAACCUCCCUCCCCAGCCGCAAUGGCGUUUGUUCUGUAGCAGUAGAAGGAUAAUGCUGGAGCAAUGAAGACACUGCAUUGUCACUUUGGUAGUAAACAAUACCUAUUUGUAUAUGUCCAAGUCUUAACACACUAGAAAGCAAAACCUCGUUUAAGAUUGGGUUAAAGACCUCCACUAGUCUUUUACCCUGAUCAAGGCUGUGUUAUUUCCAUGAAAGUCAUGGUAACGCUCUUAAAAGCACAGGGUGCAGCAUUUAAACCAGUGUGUUUGAAUCUGCGCCGAAGGAUACUAAGUGUCCGUACAGAGUGGUGAGUAAUAUUAAAGUACCUGCUGGAUUAAGUUGAAAGUGUUUCUUUAAUUCGACCAGCAGAGCAUGUGCCUGGAAAUACUUGGGGACUCAGGGUGUAGUCCCAUUUCCCAGCUUCUCUCCUAUUAAUAUAGUAGUUGGCACGUAUAGCCAUUGGUGGCCCCUACUGGUGCAUGCGUGCAUAGAAAAAACCAUCACUGAAAUGAAUCGUUUCUCUUCCACAACCGUUUAAACACUGUGCCCUCAAUUGAUGUGGUGAGUUUGGAUUUAUUUUUGUCUGUGAACUAGCUCCGUAUCUUUAUUCGUAAAAACCCCAUAGGAUUUAUGCACUGUAUUUAUGUUUCGAGAGAUCUUACAUCUUUUAUGUAUAUAGUCACAAACGGGGGACUGUUAUGGACUAGUUUUAAUGUGGUUUGAGAGACUAGUGCAGAAUGCUCUUUUAUUAUUAUUUUAAAUAACUGUCUGGGAGCAGGGUGGAAGGACUGAAAUUUCUGAGGACAUAUGUACGGGAGGGGUGCAGUCAUUUCAGGUCUUGUAUUAUCAGGGGAAAUGAAAGUGUGAGGGCCAUGUAUUUAGUGCACUAAAAGAAAUAGCAGCAGCCAGGGAACAAAUUAAUUGGUUAGUUCAGAGUCUGAUCCUGCUAGUUCUGACUCAUGAGUAAUCGUUGCACAUGCAAGCCCCCAUUGAGGUAAGCACGGUCCUAAUUCUGCUUACACUGAAGUCAGUGACAAAAUUCCCCUGACUUUAGCAGUGCAGGAGCAGGUCCUUGGUUUACUCACUGGAAUAAACCAGGAUUAGGCUCUAGCUGUUUCUAAUCUAAAGGGUUAAACAUUUUAUUCUGCAAAUAUGUUAUUCUUCACCACCACCUCCAGCUCCCAUUGAAAGCAAGUGGAGUUUUACCAUUGACUUCAACACAAGUUGGGGAUCAGGCCGGAAUUUCUUACAAGAUUCAGUUCCAGUCCUGCAAACACGCACAGUGUUUUGCUUGAAGCAUGUGAGUAACCCUCUGCUGUUGAUGGCUGCACUAACCUGCUUAAAGUUAAACACGUGUGUGAGGGUUCAGGAGCUUGGGUCACUAGUGGCAAAGAAAUAAAGGUAAUUUUGUCACUCAAAAUUUCAAAAUCCUUCUGGUUUUCCAAAUUGGCGUCCCCAAAGCUAAUAGCAGGCUUGCUCUGUGGAGCAGAACUCUCCCCACCACUUUGCCUUUUAUGAUAAAGAGUUCAUAAUUUUGCCAACAUAAAACUGUGCAGACGAACUCAAUUCUCCAAUUUCUUGUUUCCAAAACCAGCAAAUUCACACACAAAAUUGUGCAAGGGUGGGUGAGGAAUUGCAUAAAUGUUUUUGUAAAUAUUUCACAUGAGGUAACACACCUGGUGAUAUACACAUAAAAACCUGAAACUGACCAUCCGUUUGGAGGGAUAUAGAAUUUGUGUGUAUUUUUUUUUGCUUGUUUUUUGUAUAUUUUUAUACAGUUUGGGGUAACUUCUUUACCAAAAGAAUCUCUACAUAGGGUGUCAAUUCCAAUAGCACCAUUUUAAAGCACGCCACAGGUGUCUCUUGGCAUUUUAAAUGCUUAUAUUUUUUCAUAAGCCACACAAUUACAAUAUAAAAUAAAUGGAAAAAUCAAAAUUGAUGUGUACAGAAAUGUAAAAGAAUCAUCCAGUUUAGAAACUUUAGAUGAAUUUAAAUAAAUUAUCUUUAAUUUAAAAAAAAAGAAAAAAAAGACAACAGAAAACCAUCUCAUCCAACACCAAGCAGUUGUGUGUGAUUCUUCUACUGGGAUUACUAGUAUUUGCCUACUGAUCAAGACUUUUUUGCUUUGAUUAUAUCUACUGUACAGUGGAGAGGGUUACAAUUGGGGAUAUAUUUAUAAACCUAAAGACAAGGGAUUAUCCAGCGGUAUACACUGUAUUUCACCAGUAGUGAAUGAGUUCACUUUUAACAUAGAUGCUUUCUUUGCAAUCAAUGACAUGGGGGGCCAAGGCAAUCCCUUUUCAUAGCUGAUUCGGGGGUCUGGUUCAAUAAAGCACUUGGGCAUGUGACUUAAGGUUAAGGGGAUGUUUAAGUGCUCUGCUGAUUCAGGGGCUUGGCAAUGAUAGCUUCCCCCUUUCCUUGCAGUAUAGUGGGUUACGACUGUGCGAAUGGUUUAAUUCUCACCUGAGGAGUUGCAUUGAUGCAAAUGGAUCAACUUGCAUGAAUAAGGGGUUGCAAGAUGGAACCAGCCCCUGGGCAUGGUCCUUCACCCCUUGCUUAUGGGCCCAUCUCAAUGCCCAUGAAGUGAAUGGGAGUCCUUUCACUGAUUCUUAAUGGGCAUUAGAUUAAGUGCUUUGCAGAGCUUGGCCCUGAAGUGCCCCCUGAACUCGGUGCCUGGGAGCAAUCUCAUGAUGUCAGUGGGACUGCUCAUGCACUUUGAGCUAAGCAGGUGCUAGUGUUUUGCUGGAUCUGGGCCCGGUGAGUAGUCCCACUGGAGUCAAUGGCACUUAAUUGGGUCAGCAAGGAAAGCUACAUUAGGCUCUCUGAAUGAGGGUCAGAUCCAGAAUUGCUGAGCACCCGUAAUUCCCAUGGACUUCGGGAGUGGAAGGCUUCUCGGCAUGUUUUAGGUGGUGCUCAGCACCAAAUACCUGUUCUCUUACAAAUGGAACAGGCAUAAUGGCAGCAGGAUAAGUUACCAGGAGCUCACAACUCUCUUCGAGCUUUCUUGUCUUGACAAGUGUGUAUUUAUGUGGCUGGUGGGAUUUCUCCCCAACGUAGGCUCAAUGAGAUCUGCAAAGAGGUGGGCGCUCUUGAGUGCAAAAAGAAAGCCUUUCCAUGUGGGAAAUAUUGUUUUAAAAUCUCUGUGCUACCAAAUUGUGAGAGCCAGAUCCAAACUUUCUCAAAGUUCAGAGGGAAUUCCCAUCUGAGUUUUUGGUUUGCCCAGUUACAGAGCAAUGGGCUAGUUGUGAAGGCUGUCUCUGAGCUUCCCCGAAAUUUGGAUCUGGGGUGGAUAGUUCAGGACCCAUCUGCCUGUUGUUAGUCUCUAAGGUGCCACAAGUACUCCUUUUCUUUUUGCGAACACAGACUAACACGGCUGCUACUCUGAAACUUGUACCUCCUUGUACAACUUCUUAGGGAUGCACUGGGUACACUUGAAUUAAGCUGUAGCAGAUCAUCUCCAGACAAUGUAUGUCUUCGGCAUAUGGCUCAGUUGUGUCUAUGCAGAAUAUUUCCUCUGUUCACUUUAAGAGUACAGUUUGUGCACCUUUCUGUAUCGAAAGAGAAAGCAUCAGUACAUCUACGUAGAAAGCUGCUACUGUCUUACCAUUCCUUCCAGCUUAGGAGCUAGGAAAACUAUAUUAAGAAUUUAUAGCUGAUGGCAGGUUGUGAAGGCAGCUUUUUCAGGGGGACGUUGUUCUUGGUUCAGAAGCUGGCCGAUGUGAAAUGGAAGUGAGACGCAUGACAAAGUGGGAUUGUAAGUUCUAAACCAGAAAUUACAAUGGGAUGUUAUAUUAAUGUGUGUCAGAAUGAGAAAGGAAGAUCAGAUCAUGUAGACGGGUGUUGAUUCUCAACACUGCUCUGUCUUUCCUCCACUAAGAAAAUGUUACCACACAUUUCAGGAUGGCUCAUUUUUUGUUCCCAUUAAGAUGCAUUUUCUUUGUUCUCUUUGAUGUAAGGUUUAUUUCUUCUCCAGAAAGGCAGGGAUUCAUCUUUCAGGCACUUAUUUUUCUCCCCGAUGAUAGUUGCCAGGGGUAAGAGAGAGAGAACCAUUCUUUCUACCUUACAGAUUAUUCACUUGGCUGUUACCUUGGAUGGAAUUUGUAUUUGACAAACUAUGCAAUAUUGUGCAUGGUAGGAAGAACCUUAACAUGCAGAUCUCAGAGCAGAAUGAGCUAGACCAGGUGCAAAUUAUAGUGAAAUCUGCCUUUAAGCAACACACAUGAUUUAAUACGUCUCUAAAUUGCAGUAGACUAUUUCAGAGGCAACAUAGUCCAGUGGAUAAUAGGACUCAGAAAACCUGGGUUCUAGUCCCGGCUCUGCCACUGAUUCUCUGCAUAAGCUUUCCUCAGAGGUAUUGAAUACCUCCACAAUCCCAACUGAACUCAGCUGACUUUGUGGAUGUUCAGUCCCACUAAAAAUUAGGACCUUAAAAAAAAAAAUCUCUGUGCCUCGGUUUCCCCAUCUGUAAAAUGGAGAUAUAAUGCAUAUUCUUUGUGCAAAGCACUUUGAGAUCUAUGGGAGGAGAAUGCUAUGAAAGAGAUAAGAAUUAUUAUUCCUUAUUGCUUUAAAGCUGUCAUUAAAGAUGGAGCGUUACUUUCUGGAGGUGACCUUGUGUUGCAAGAUUCAUAGUAUAUUUCAGAUAGAGGUUAUUUCACAGACUUCCUGUAAAAUGUGAGCUAGUCCCAGAGACAGUCUGGACUCUUUUUAUUGGCCUGAAACAAAGAAAAGUGCAUCUUAACAAGGUCUUCAGAAUGGGCUCCUUAAGGGGCAGGAGGAGAUUUGAUUUAAAGCCAAAGAUCGUUCAGCUAUUAGCAGAAAUGAUUGACUGUAGAUUUCAGCUGUUCUGUUAUUUUUGUGUUUACAAUAUUUAUUUUUAGUAAUUUACUGCCAUACAUCGGAUUCCUUAUUUUUGUACUUUUCAUACCGUUUUUCUUAGUGUGGUAUUGUACUUCCGGCUUCCCCGUGGCAUGAUGAUUAUUCCGACAAAUAAAAAUAGUUCCCCAAGGCACAA